UGCGUCGGACAUGCACCAAUUGUUAACCCGUGUGUUACUGUGUGCGUGUGCUCUCGCUCUUUUCUGCCAGUGUAUGACUGAAGGAGACGGUGAUGGUUGCACUCGUGGGUUUAUGAGUCUUGACAGAAUGGAUAGAUUACUGGACAAUAUUGGGACCCGAGUAGUUGCUGGCAACUUUCAAGUAAUAUAUCCUGAAGUUGGCUUCACAUGCAAUGGCAAUAUUCAGAGCUGGGUGUUUGGAGCCCAGUGGGAAGGAGGAGAGAGCUUCUUCACUGAGCUACAGAUAUGGAGACCUACUGGAAAUGGAUUCUACACUAAAGUUGGAUACACUACAAUAAUCACUGCCAGGAAUAAUUCAGAACUCUAUGCGUAUCCCGUCUCCCCUCCCCUGCCCUUCCAAGCUGGGGAUGUUCUGGGAUACUACCAGCCCCAGCCUUCUGCGAGUCAAUUGAGACUGCUGUUUGUACAAGAUAGAAGAGAGAAUCAAGUUGGAUACCUGUAUCCCACAACCGGUCCAGCCAAUUCGCUGAAUAUCAGUUCAGGAUUUAGGCCUAGUAGAAAUUAUGAGUUGUUUGUCAACGUAGUCACAGAUCCUCCAGGUUGUGGGCGUGGCUUCAUGAGUGUGGAAAAAAUGAGACUUUCCCUAAACCUGGACUCUGUUUCACCCAUUAUGUACACCAGUCAACGUCAGCAGAUCUCACCAGAAAUGAGGUUCACAUGUGAUGGGAACAUUACCAAAUGGAUCGUUGGAGCUGGCUAUGGUGCAGCGGACAACUUGUAUCCUGAACUUCAAAUUUGGAGAAAAGCUGGAGAUGAAACCUAUGAAAAGAUUAGUGGAACAUUUAUUCAGGCUCCAACAUUAGUGAAUACUAGGAUUUAUGAAUAUGAAGACUUUCCUCCGAUCCCAGUAAAGUCUGGAGACAUUCUUGGAAUAUUUAUACCUCGACGCAUGUCCUCCAGACUUCGUCUCUUGUCUGAAAAUACUACCAGUCCCACUCAGUAUUAUCAGUUCACUGAUGGCUCUGCCACAGUAUCACCUCACAAUGUGUUUGAAAUAGGAAACCAGUCUGUGAUAACAGCAUCCUACCAUCCAUUGGUGUCUGUGGAGUUUGUGAGAAGCCCUACCUCAUCAGUCAUGAUUCUACCAUCAUCUAUUAUUAGAUGCCAAAGCACUGUUGAGUCAGCAUCCACACUGACAGGAAGUUGUGUUCCUUCUUCAGCCCUGACCAUUGCUACACCCACAAAGUCCACUGCUGCCACAGAGUCUGGUACAACAGGAAGUGAAGUGUAUAUUUUUGUAGGAGUGAGUGUGGGAGUGGUGGUGCUGCUAGCUGCAGGUCUCAUCAUCAUCUCUGUGACUGUGUGUCUCAGACAAAGGUCAAAGAAGAAGCUACUAAUCAAUACCGAAAAUGUUGCCCGUGGCAUGGGUCUGGAAUUGAAAGACAACGUUGCCUACACCUCCACAGCCACUGGGGGUGGGACUAAGGAUGAUGCGGGAAACUACGACUAUGUCUCAAGGGAUGAAGUGACUGCUACCUCCAGCGAUCUCUCCAUGUCAGCCAACCAGGCAUAUGGACUGGUGCAGAGCUAGGAACUUGUAGUUUUGUGAUUCUUGACUUGAUCCCGCUGUGAUAAUAACUUUAAUGGGCCAACUACAGUGAAUGCGCUCUAAGGCCAACGUAAGGGUCUCAGUCUAUAUAUUUCUGCAGUGUUUUUGAAAAACAGUUU